CUUCCUCCUGAGCCUUAAAAGUAGUGAGAGAGCUAGCGAUCUUGGCACACGCCACCCGAGUAAAGCAUACUUGGAACGCUUCCAGAAAGUUACCUGUUGCAAAGCAGCGGGAGGUGUGAGGAUGGUCACGUUUGCUUGAUCAUCGUCGUUUGUCGGGCCGCGGCUCCCGCACCUCCGACCGCCAGAGUAGCGCCGCCACGCGCAGCUGGAUGUGACAGUUUCGCCAUCAGAUUGCUGAUAGAAAGUUCCACGUGAGACGUCCCUACUUGGUGAUCCCUGACUAGUUUCGAAGAUUUCCUGAGCCCACCUGGAGUCGCAAUAGGACACUCAGAUGUAACCCUGUCAACUUCUUCCCCAACACUGAGACAUCAUCCGUUUUUGGACGUCUUGGCGACGCUAGGACAACCGACUGAACUCAUCUCGGAGCAUGCUUCGUCUGCUUUGCCUGCGGUUGCGCUUGAGUCUUGCUGAAUGAUGAACAAUCCACAGUUUAACUGGCAAAUACCACGGCAGCAGUGCGGUCCCAUGCCCUGCUAACGCACAAGACUACCCAGUCCCUUACCUUCCCAUUCCUGUCCAACAGAGACCAGUCCUAUCCUAUCUGAGUGAAAGUGGUUACGUUUUAGCUGCAACUUCCAUCACCUGUUUACUGUUUUUCCUGGAAUACAUUGUAACCGCUCCCCAGAGGACGGGCCUCCUCCUUGUACUGAGCAGCUCCAACUCAGCCAGCGACGCAGACAUGGCUCUCAAUAUUGCCUCUAUACGCGACACAAAAUGGCUGACCCUGGAAGUGUGUCGGCAGUUUCAGAGAGGGACUUGCUCACGCAGUGACGAAGAGUGCAAAUUUGCCCACCCAUCGAAAAGCUGCCAGGUGGAAAAUGGGAGAGUGAUUGCAUGUUUUGACUCUUUAAAGGGCCGGUGCAUGCGGGAGAACUGCAAGUACCUACACCCGCCCGCCCACCUGAAAACCCAGCUGGAGAUCAACGGACGCAAUAAUCUGAUCCAGCAGAAGACAGCGGCUGCUAUGCUGGCCCAUCAGAUGCAGUUUAUGAUUCCCGGCACAACCAUGCAACCUGUGCAGACCUUUCCAGUCAGCCAGGGUCUCGGCUCCAGUGCGGGUUUAAGCUACACGCCAUACCUGACCCCCAUGUCACACAGCAUGGGCCUGGUACCCACAGAAAUCUUGCCCAGCACCCCUGUGAUCGUCCCAGGCAGCCCACCUGCAUCGUUGGCAACUGCCUCAUCCGCCAAUCAAAAACUGUUGCGAACAGACAAGCUUGAGGUUUGUCGCGAGUUCCAGCGGGGCAACUGUGCUCGCGGCGAGACGGACUGCCGCUUUGCCCACCCAUGUGACAGCCCGAUGAUCGACACUAGUGACAACACAGUUACCGUCUGCAUGGACUACAUCAAGAGCCGUUGUUCCCGUGAGAAGUGCAAGUACUUCCAUCCACCGGCCCAUCUGCAGGCCAAGAUCAAGGCCACCCAACACCAGGCCAACCAGACCGCAGUGGCCGCACAAGCCGUCGCUACGACAGCAGCCAUGACUCAGUCGACUGCCAAAGCAAUGAAGCGACCCCUCGAGGCAACUGUAGACCUGGCCUUUCCCCAUGGCGUCCUUCAGCCACUACCAAAGAGAGCGGCACUGGAGAAGAGCAACGGUGCCAACUCGCUAUUUAACCCCAGUGUCUUGCACUACCAGCAGGCGCUGGCCAGUGCCCAGCUACAACAGCCCGCUUUCUUUCCCGCAGGGUCAGUCCUGUGCAUGACGCCUGCUAGCAGUCUUGUUCCAAUGAUGUACAGUGCUACGCCUGCUACUGUCUCUGCAGCAACAACUCCGGCCACAAGUGUCCCCUACGCAGCAACAGCCCAAGCCAAUCAGAUCAUCCUAAAGUAAGCGCCACAAACGGGCGUGUCAAGGAGCUGCAUGAGAAAAUCUCAAGCUGCCCACGUGUAAAUACCACCUUAGCUCUCCACCCUGCAUGUUGAGAGUGUAACACUAACUGCAAUUACUGCAGUGUUGGCUGAACACACACACACACAAACACACACACAAACACACACACACACACACACACACAC